CUAUAAGUGAGGGCGAGCUGCGGCAAUACUUCGGGCGCUCUCUCCCAUCUCUCUGCGGUGAAUGGCUGCGGGAUGGAGCACGAGGGGAGCGGCGGCAGCGGGGGGUCGGCCGGGCUCCUGCAGCAAAUCCUCAGCCUGAAGCUCGUCCCUCGAGUGGGCAACGGGACCCUGUGCCCCAACUCCACUUCUCUCUGCUCCUUCCCAGAGAUGUGGUAUGGUGUGUUCCUGUGGGCACUGGUGUCCUCUCUCUUCUUUCAUGUCCCUGCUGGAUUACUGGCCCUCUUCACCCUCAGACAUCACAAAUAUGGUAGGUUCAUGUCUGUAAGCAUCCUGUUGAUGGGCAUCGUGGGACCAAUAACUGCUGGAAUCUUGACAAGUGCAGCUAUUGCUGGAGUAUACCGAGCAGCGGGAAAACAAAUGAUACCAUUUGAAGCCCUCACCUUGGGCACUGGACAGACGUUUUGUGUAGUGGUGAUCUCCUUUUUACGGAUUUUAGCUACUCUAUAGCAUAUACCCUUAUGCUAUGACGUUGAACCUAAGUUUUAUAGAAUCCUCAAAAAGAAUACAAUAUGGAAUGUAGUGUUUUUGUAGUUCUUCAAAUGGAAGUAAUUUGGUUGAAAAAGUAUGCAAAGAACAGCAACUCAGCCUUUUCUUCAAUCUGAAGUUCCAAGAAGUGAAGAUCCUUUUGGACUCUUAUUGUUCUCAACCAAACAAAUCAAGUUUUAUUUCAUGUUUGUUUGUCUGUUUGUUUGUUUUGAUAAUUUAAUUUAAGCAGUUGUACAGGUGCACCUUUACCCAAAGCCAGGUCAGCGGUACUUCUGGGUUAGCAGUCUUUGCACUGAAACUUAAAAUACUCUGUGAGAAAAUGCAGUGUUGCAUAUUUCAGAAAAACCAUGGAAAAUAUUGGUUUAUUUCUAAGCAGACUAUACUGUACCAAAAAUCUCAUUUGAUCUAAACUUGAUUGAAACUUGGUAGACUUUUUUUUUUUUUUUGGUACACCUUCAUGAUAGUAAGUGCCAAAUAGGUUUUGGUUGAGUAUAGUAUAGCUUUGUGAACAAAUUUGGUGAAAUAAAAAGAAAAAAAUAUCUGUGUAACACAAGUAGUGGCUUUGAUUCCAGUGUUUUUUAAAAAAGGAGAUAACUACUGAAUGAUGUGAUAUUCUAUGGAUAACUCUCUUGACCUCUGAUUAUUUAAUAUAUUUAAAAGAUGUGAAUUUGUUGUUUUAUACAUUUGAUCAAAAUAAGCUAACUAAUUGAGGCUUUUUUCGCCCCAGAAUUCCAAUACCACCUUCUCCUAUCACCUCUAUUCUAUUAAUUUUAUUCAGUUUAAUUGGAAACAUAUCCUAAUAAAUAAUUGAAGUUGAAAAUUUUAAAUUAGAUGGGUUAGCAUACUCUUGAAAUUAAGACACAUAAAAAUGAUACUUUAAACAUUCUGUUACAGUUUUUCUUAGUGCCUGGUUUAUUACUGGCUCUUGAAAAAUUGUAGAAGUGCAGCUUAAACUAGUUUUAGGGUUACUGAUUUCUUAGUUUUAAUAGCUACUUAGUCUUCUUAGCUACUUAGUGGUAAGUGUCACUUCCAGAAAGUGCCUGAAGUUUAAUUUUCAGAUAUGCCAUCCACUGUGCCCUUUACAUUUUCCUUUAAGAGAAUCGAUGUCCUUAAAGAGAAUUAAAUAUUAAGAAUUUUGUUGUGUUUUUUUUUAUCCUCAUUCGAGGACAUGCUUAUUGAUUUUUAGAGAGAGGGAGAGAAACAUCAGUAUGAAAGAGAAACAUUGAUCAGCUGCCUCUCAUUCCUGCCCUGACCAGGGACUGAACCAACUACCCAGGCAUAUGCCCUGACGGGGAAUUGACCUUGAGACCUCUCGGUUUACAGACAACGCUCCAACCAACUGAGCCACACCUGCCAGGGCAAAUAAUAAGAGGCUUUUAAAACCCAAUUUUAGCUAUUUAAAUUUUUCUUCUACUGCCUAACUUUUUUCAUUAGAAGGCCUGAAAACUGUGACCUUCAAAACAGGAUUGCAAAAACCAAGACAGUUCUGUAUGGAAUACAAUCAACGUUGUUGUUAUCUGUUCUCAAAAUAGCUUCCGGUAAUUAAGUUUGACAUUUUUUAAAGGAAAGUUUUCAUUGUGAGAGUAAGGCUGACAGCCCAUGAGGUCAUAUACACACAAACUGUUCCACUUAAAGAGAUACACAUUCUGGCUUCUGAUUAAAAACAGCCAGGAGGACCAAUUUACCAGGAAUGGUCAAAAUAGAAAAAUUACAAAGGAUCACAAAAAUUAACUGGACAUUUUCUUUCAACUAAUAGGCCAUUAGACCCCUUAUCAAAAUUAUAGUGUCAUAUACUCAGCCAAGGUGGAAAAUUACAGGUAGAGAUGGAAUGCAGGCAAACAUCUUUAUAAAUGCCCCAAGAUUACUCUCCAAUGCUCAAAUCCUCCUUUCAAGCAAAUUUUGUCUUUAGUGAAAAACUCCAUUCUUCAGUUCAAGGAGCUGUGAUUUUGAAAAGUAGCCUUUAAGUCAAAGAAAUUUGGUAUGUAUCCUUUAUUAUAAGAAAUGAUUUUAAUAAUCUCUAUUGAAGGUUGCUGCAGCGUUCUCACCUAGAACAUUCUUUUGGAUAGAAUUUCACAAAUUGAACAAGUGAGCCAGUGAUUGGUGGGCCCCUCCCCCGAGCUAAUUUUUAAACCACAUUGAUCUAUGAUUUAAAUGUUUGGUUAUUUUUCUUUUAGAGCCA